AUGGCUGACCGGAUACUGCAUUUUAUUCCGCACACGUGCUAUGUGUGUGGCGUGGCUGGUCGUGCCGGACAACGUCUCAAGCGGUGCGUCCGCUGCAAGCUCGUCCACUACUGCUCCAAGGAGCACCAGGUCGCUCACUGGAAGGCCAAGCGCCAUCCGCACAAGGAUCUGUGCGAGAUCUAUGCUACUGCUGCUGCUCGUGUUGACAAGCCUCGUCGUUGCUGUGCUGAUCGCCUGGCCAGUGCCGACGCCAACACGAAUACCGGCGCCAACACUGACGCCGACGCCAACACGAACACCGACGCCAACACUGACGCCGACGCCAACACGAAUACCGACGCCAACACUGACGCCAACACCGACGCUGGCAGCGAUGCAGCCGAGGCUGCGACACGCGUGGCCAGGGAUGAAGGCCCGUGUGCGUGGCAUCCAAGCGAGGUGCCGGCUGUUGGGGCCAUGUCGGAGCAGGAGCACUUUGAGCGGUGCUUGGGCUCGCUCAAGGUGGCUAGCAUGCUCAAGCGCCGGCGCCUCGACUACGAAGAGGCUGCGCCGCUGGUGCUCCGGCGGGCGUGCAUGGUCUGCCUUACGCCUGAUGGCUCAGAGGAGCUCGAGUCGCUGCGUGGGUGCCCAGAGUGCAUGCUGGUCUUCUUUUGCUCGGACGCGUGCCGCGAGGCCGGCCGCGACGCGCACUCGCGUGUCUGCCGCUCGUUUAAGCUCAUGGCCGCAGCCGAGGCCUUUGGCCGCGCCGCACGCCUCGACAAGCUGUCGAACCCGUACCCGCUGUGGAUGUCGCCGGUGGUCCAGCCGGCUGCCGCCCGCCUCCCAGCCCACUGGUCCGACCUCAUGGCCAUCCGGAAGGCCCCUCACUUUGCCUUUGACGCCGAGGCCUUUAUCCUCAACUCGCUCUCGCUCCCGUACACUAUCAUCCGUGCUCUCGAGAUGGUCACUGACGGCAUUGCCGCCGACGACUCGCUCGAGAACCUGCCCGACCUCGAGUUCCGCACCUCGCUCGAGAUCCACAUCCUCAACUCGGCCAUCUACCCGGAGCUGGUCGCCGCCUCAAAGUACGAGGACAUCCUGCACUGGCUUCCGAGCAUCAUUUGCCUCAAGCUUGUUUUUGUCGGCGCGCCGCUUGCCCCGGCCAUGCGCGCUCUCGGCACCAUGCCGCCUCCCGAGCUCUGCCACGCUUGCAUCGCCCACGCACCUGACCGCGCCCUCUCCAUCGAGCUCGUGCCCAAGACUUACGCUGCCGCCGUCGCCGACGGUGACGUCAACCCCGCCGCGGCCUCGCUCGCCAUCGCGUUCAACCCCGAGCUGCCCGAGGAUCACGCCGGCGUCUGGGCACCCUCGCUCGACGCUCUCCGCACCGCCGCUGUGCCCACCGCCGUCACCGCCUACACGGCGCACGAGGCCGCUGCUUGCGUCGACGUCCUCCACUCGCGCGGCAUGCGCCUCGUCGCCCGCCCCACUUCAAACCCCUUCCGCGGCGGUCAGCCGUUCCUCGACCCAGGCCACCUCAACGCCGUCUACUACCACAACGCCUACAUUCUCGCCGCAUGCGGCACCCUUCCCGACGUCGGCGCCUCUUGCGACCACGGUCAUGGCCACGACCACGAUCACUCUCACGACGCUCAUAAUGCGUAA